GUAACCUAAUACUAUCAAUUACAAUCAUGAUGCAAAACUCCAUCUCGAGAGCUUCUGCUCUCCUGGUGGCUUUAACAAGUCUACCUUCAUCUACCAAUGCUUCCCCUGUACUCAGCAGAAGACAGGCUUCGAACGCCACCAUGGUAGACGAUUUCGAAAAGAUCGAACCCAGCCCCAAACUCAACUGGGUACCCUGCUUCCAAAACUUCACUUGCACACGCCUCGAGGUACCCCUCGAUUACGAAGAUUUGGCGGCAGGCACCACGGACAUAGCGUUCAUUAAAUGGACAUCUCCUCAAACCUCAAACUCAAGUGCCAACGCUACAGCACCCCAAGACAUCCUGCUCAACCCAGGAGGUCCAGGUGGCUCAGGUGUUGAUUACUUGCUUAAAGCCAUCAAUUAUUUGAUUCUGGCAGGAGGCUCUCAAAACAAUUACGUUGGUUUCGAUCCCCGCGGUGUCAACAAUUCCGGCCCCUCUCUCAGCUGCUUCCCCGAGAACCAAAAACACACGCAACUCCUGUACGAGCGUCAGCAGCAACUGGGUGUCCAGAUUGAUGAUCCGAUGUCGGUCGUAGACGUAUGGAGACGUGGCGCGGCCUUUGGAGAGUUCUGUACCCAGUAUCACGGAGUCAAUGGUUCCGCACGAUACGCCAAUACCGUCGCCGUGGCCACGGAUAUGCUGCAUUACACUGAACUUAUCGCCGAAGAAAAAGGCGAAGACCCAGGAAAAAGCGAGCUGUGGUAUUGGGGCGCAUCUUACGGCACUGUGCUUGGAGCCACAUUUGCAUCGCUCUUUCCUCAGCGCGUGGGACGUAUGAUUUUGGAUGGUGUGGUCGAUAGUGAGGACUACUACGCCGGAAAGUGGGAGACAAAUCUCGCGGAUGGCGACGCAGCUGUUGAGUCCUUCUUCACCUACUGCUUCGACGCCGGGAAAGAAAAGUGCCCGGUAUGGGCGGAAUCUCCCGAGGCGAUCCAGGAGAAGUACGACGCCAUCAUUGAAUCGCUCAAAGAAAAGCCUGCCAUCGUUUCGAACCCAGAGCUCGUGGAUACUCCUUCCAUAUUCACAUACCGAGACUUUCAGACUCUGCUCGUCAGUUUCCCCUACGUUCCGGAUAUCUACUGGCCAGCCCUCGCGUCUGCCCUUCCGAUCCUAGAAAGCGGCAACGCAGACGCCAUUGCAAACGCAACACUCACGGGAUUCUGGCGUGAUACUUGCAGUCCGCUCGCCACGCAAUCCAAGCAGUUGGAACCACUACCUUUCAUCAGCUGCAAUGAUGCAAACGGCAGAUUAUUGCUCGAUACCUUGCCCAAGUUUCAAGACCAUGUCGACAUGUUAUACAACUCAAGCCGAUACAUGGGUGAGGGAUGGGCGUACAUUGGACCCGCUCAAUGCCAGAACCUCGGAUUCCGCCCACCAAAGUCCCAGGUCUUUGAGGGUAUCCCAUCUGCGAAGAACACGUCGCACCCUAUUCUGUUCGCCAGCAACACCAUUGACCCUGUGACCCCCCUACGCUCGGCGGAGAAGAUGCAGGGAAUGUUCGGGGGUGCUGGGCUGUUAGUACAGGAAGCGGUUGGACACUCAACGCAGAGUACCCUCUCCAAGUGUACGAUUGGCCAUUUCCAGGAGUAUUUCAGCACUGGCGCACUUCCUCAAGAGGGGACAGUUUGUGAAGCAGACACAUUACCGUUCCAGGAGACUGAAGGUGCGGGUGGCGCUCGAGGCGGGGAUACACUGUUCUGA